CUUUCCGAGUCUUUAAAUAAAUGGAAAGAAGAGUGCCCCUUACACCUUCUCAUUGUGCUGGGCUUUUGCUCAGUGGCAAGGAAAAAACUGGAGCGGCCCGCAUCAUCGUGCAGCCAUCGACGAAGCAAAUCCAUCACGAUGCGCUUUACAAAGUCGUGGGCUGUGAAAUAUCAGAUGACUUACCUGAAUGUGGUCUUAUUGUGGGUACCAAACAGCUGAAGUUGGACAUGAUUCUUCCCGAUAGAGUGUAUGCCUUCUUCUCUCAUACUCACAAGGCCCAGAAGAGAACAUGCCCCUGUUAG